AUGUUUGAACACCUCCAGAACACCAGUGUUCCUGGAAUAAGUGGUAACGAUGUGAGAUUCAAUGAUGAUGGAAUUCGUGACAUUAACCAAGUCAGAAUUCUGCAAUACCAAUUAAAUGAUGAUGAGCUAAUAAUACGUGUUGAAGUUGGGUCAGUUGUAAAUGUUGGAGAUAAUAGUACAUUUCAACCUACAAAUGCCUCAUUUCUCUUUCCUGACGGUGUUCCUAUUGACGGAGUACCAAUUGAGGAGGUGGUCACAGUAUCCAUGGGUCUUACAGUUGUCUACGUGAUUCUUGCUGCAGCUGGACUUGUCUUUACCACCACUUGUCUUGUUUUCACCAUCUUCUUCCGAAAUGAAAGAUUGAUUCGACUCUCCAGUCCAAACCUUAACUACAUCAUUGGACUGGGUGCUAUAGUUCUCUACAUCAAUGUCAUCAUUCUUGUCAUUCCAGCUAAAGAUGCGAACUUAGCUGCUGUAAUCUGCAAUGUCAAUCCCUGGCUAAUAUCUCUAGGGUAUUCUCUUUGUUAUGGGAUUAUCAUAAUUAAGAUGAUAAGAGUUUGGGUUAUAUUUAACAGACCUCUUGGAUUCAAAGCACGACUGUUCAGGGACUAUCUGAUGACACUGUUUGUACUGUGUCUGGCCAUCAUUGAUGUAGUCAUUCUUCUGCUUCAUGCUGUGAUUGAAGCUACCCGAGAUAAUCUUGGAGUAAAACUGACAUCCAACAGAGAACUGCCAGAAGAAACAUUUGGAGUGACAGCUGAGCGUCACAAGUACUCUCUGUAUAUUUGUGAAUCUAAAGGACAAGUUUAUCUGUAUGCAGUUCUGUUUGGAUACAAAGGCAUUCUGCAAGUCCUGGCUCUGCUCCUGGCUUUUCGUACGCGCAAUGUGAAGGUGAAGGGUCUGGAUGACUCUGUGUACAUUGCUGCCUCUGUGUACGUCACAAGUAUUGUGUUGGCUGUCAUCAUUGUCUCCACCUAUACUCUGAGGGACUAUGUGAAUGCCUACCCAGCUGUGGUGGGAAUGGGGUUGCUGCUGGGAACCACCAUGAUCCUCGGACUCGUCUUCAUACCAAGGGUAAGUAAGCAGUAGUUUGGAGUUAUAGAACC